UCGUCUAGACAAGCAAUGGCUAAAGUCUAGGCCUGACAGGCUUGUAUACGUCGAUACCAAAAAUAGAGUCUUUGAACCCUAGAUUCCUCACAAGCACCCCCAAUUGACUUGUGUGUGUGUGAACACCUACAAUGGCGGUAUUGUCGGCCGUUUUCUAUCAGUAAGAGUCAUAAGAUACUCAUGUAUCUCCCGUUUAAAUCAGCAUAACUUGGCAUGCAACAGACGAUUGGGACGUCGCAGUGAACUAAAAGAUGUCUCCUACGGUUCGUGAGAGGACUCGACCCGGGUAAAUGGCUCCGGGUAUUUAGAUGAUACGGCCCAGUUCACACCAAACUUCAUAUACGGAAAUUGCGUCUAGAUGAGCUUCCGAGGCCUGUUUGCAGAGUAAUGUUUCUGUUAUGGGUGCUUAUCUCUCCCAGCAUGCUGGUGACGAGAGAACAAGCUCUAUAAAUAUAGAAGUGAUCAGCGACGACGACGACGAGACUUCCCUCGGAAACAUGAACAACACAGGAGCAUUCUAAGCGCUGAAGAGCAUCCUUGCACACAACUCUGUGUUUAUCAGCAACACAAACGCCAUGCACCGAGGACUGCUAGCCUCUCUCGCCCUUGUGGCCCUUAUCCGCGCGGCUCCUAUCACGGAGCCUACGAAGACGACGGAAAACUCGGCGGGAGACGUGACAAUCGGUGAAAACUAUCCGAAGCCCACGUUCAUUCUUCUUCCGCCUAUCACCGGUCCUAUUAAGCCAUCGGAUAAGCGAGGGACUGAGGUAGAAGAACUUCAAGCAGAAAACCCAGCAGGAGACGUGACGAUCGGCGAGCCCUCUUAUCCUAAACCCACUUUCAUUCUUCUUCCACCCAUCACGGGCCCUAUCAAGCCAUCGGAUAAACGAGACGCUGAAGUGAAGGAACGUCAAUUCUCUAUAGGCGACCCGUCCACCUGGUGGGGAGUUGGUGGUGAAAAGCCUCCUACUCCGACUGAGUCGUCAACUAUCGGGACACCGAUCACGGGUGGGCUCAACCCGUCGAACAAGCGUCAGACGUUGAUCGGUGGUUCGGAUCCGACCAAGGCCCGUAUCGUCGCUUUGGAGCUUGAAUACCAAACACUACUCCACUCGUUCGGCACCACCGGACCCAAGCCCAUCCGUGACCGUCUUCAGGCAAUCAAGGACGAGCUCCUGCACAAGUAUGGUAUUACCAUCAUUGAGUCCCCCGACGGUACUGUGACAACAUUUACGCCGGGCAAGCGAGACUUCACCUUACCCGUCGGUUCAUUUCCAGGAGGUGCUAUGACCCCUGAGGAUCCUAUUCCAGGUGGCCCGAUGGAGCCAAGCAACUGAGUUGAACCCAUGGCUGCCGAAAUGUUACGCCUAGGCAAUGAAGGAAGGCCUGAGUGGAACGUAUGAAUGGUGAAGAAGGCGACUCGCACGGAGUCAGUGAUAUGCCUGCUUUGUGGUACCUAUGUUGCUUCAACAAACCGUGUUAGCAUUAUGCUUGCUAUUAGUGUCUAUCAAGUCGAUGUGGGCCGAGUGAUAGAGAAUGGAACAUCUUCCAGUUGAGACUUUCUUCUGCUUGUGAUAAUUGUGUAAAACAUACGACAGCUCAUUGGUUUU